GUGGCUGGCAAUUCAUAAAGCAGAAAGAAUGACUGAAUCAUACCAAGAGGCCCAGGAUUUCCAUAUACCUGACCUCAGGAAACCUACCCUGAAGAAAGUGCACGUUUGGCCAUGUGCUGGAAGGAGCAGCAGCAGCCCUAGAGCUUCCUUUUCUUGCUCACGUGUCUUUCUUUGCCUCUCCUUGUUAUGCUGGGUAGGCAGUCUCCUGGGGCACCCUCAGUGCCUGGAUUAUGGGCCGCCUUUCCAGCCCCCUGUUCACUUGGAGUUCUGCUCUUCCUAUGAAAACUUUGGCUGCUGUGACCAGGAGAGAGACACCAGCGUCGCAGCAAAGUACCGGGAGAUCAUGGAUUCCAUCGAUCCACGGGGGCGUAAGCUGUGCGGAACGUAUAUCAAAGAUAUUCUCUGUCAGGAAUGUUCUCCAUAUGCUGCGCAUCUCUACGAUGCUGAAAACCCCCGAACGCCUCUAAGAAACCUUCCCGGGCUUUGUUUUGACUAUUGCUCCGAGUUCCAUUUCAACUGCCGCUCCGCCAUCAGCCUGCUGACUAGCGAUGAGCACGUUCGGGAAUGCUGCGAGAGGAACAAGACACACUUCUGCAACCUCCUUCACCUACACGACGAGGACUACUGCUUCCCCAACGUGCUGAAGAACACCGUCCUCAACCGCAACCUGGGCUCGGUGGUGGAGGGCCACAAGGGCUGCCUCCAGCUCUGCCUGGCCGAGGUCGCCAACGGGCUGAGGAACCCGGUGCUCAUGCUGCAUGCCAAUGACCAGACCCACCGCGCCUUUGUAGCUGAGCAGCUGGGGGUGGUCUGGGUCUACUUACCUGACGGCAGCCGGCUGGAGGAGCCCUUUCUGGAUAUUAAAAGCAUAGUGCUGGCUACACCAUGGAUAGGGGAUGAGAGAGGCUUUUUGGGGAUGGCUUUCCACCCCAACUACAAGCACAAUGGGAAAUUUUAUAUCUAUUAUUCAUAUAUGGAUAAGAAGCGAGUGGAAAAGGUCAGAAUCAGCGAAUUGAAGGUUUUGGCCUCUGAUGCCAACAAAGCUGAUCCACGCUCAGAAAGGAAUCUUUUGGAACUUGAAGAACCAGCCGCAAAUCACAAUGGUGGGCAGCUGCUCUUUGGGGUGGAUGGCUAUAUGUAUGUAUUCACAGGGGAUGGAGGGAAAGCUGGAGACCCUUUUGGAAAAUUUGGGAAUGCUCAGAACAAGAGUGUAUUGUUGGGGAAAGUCCUGAGGAUUGAUGUGGAUGGAGAAAGUCCUGAUGGCAAGCCUUAUCGCAUCCCUCCUAAUAACCCUUUUGUGUCUGAUCCCAAGGCCCGCCCUGAAGUUUAUGCUUAUGGGGUCAGGAAUAUGUGGCGCUGUGCUGUUGACAGGGGGGACCCUGUCACGAAGAAGGGAAGAGGGAGGAUAUUCUGUGGGGAUGUUGGGCAGAACAGGUUUGAAGAAAUUGACAUCAUUGUUAAAGGAGGAAACUAUGGCUGGAGAGCAAAGGAGGGAUUUGAAUGCUACGACACAAAGCUUUGCCGUAAUUCCUCCUUGGAUGACAUUCUUCCAAUAUAUGCAUAUGGCCGCAACGUGGGGAAGUCAGUCACUGGAGGUUAUGUAUAUAGAGGAUGUGAAUCACCCAACUUGAAUGGUCUCUAUAUUUUUGGCGAUUUCAUGAAUGGUCGACUGAUGGCUUUACAGGAAGAUGAGAAGACAAAUAAGUGGAAGAAGAGAGAGAUCUGCAUUGGUAGUACUAAAGUUUGUGCUUUCCCUGGAAUGAUCAGUUCUUAUAGCAAAUUCAUCAUCUCAUUUGCUGAGGAUGAAGCAGGUGAGCUGUAUUUUUUGUCUACAUCUUAUCCCAGUGCCUAUGCACCACAUGGAUCUCUCUACAAAAUUGUUGAUCCUGCAAGGAGAGCUCCACCAGGGAAGUGUAAAUACAAGCCUGUUCCAGUGAAAAUAAAGAGUAAACGGAUACCAUUUGUUCCACGUGCAAAGACUGUCCUUGAGUUGCUUAAUGAACCUUCAACCAAACCUCCGAAAAAAUCUUCUACCCCUGCUGAAGCCAUCUCAACAAUUUCUUCGAAGAAAUCUAAAAAGACACCAUCCCCCAAAAUAAAAGCAUCAACUGUGAGAACAGCUCCAUCCAGUAAAACGACACAGAAAAUCAAGGCUGAAGAUGAACAUCACAGGUCAAAGCAGAAAAAGAAGGUUGCGAGGGUUGACAGAACUACACCAGCACCAUCUGUGCCAAAAAAGAAGAGCUCCCACCUAACUGGAAGCAAGAAGCUUCUUCCGAAGAAAGCAGCACAAACCAAGAGAAACUGGAGAAGACGAGGAAAGAGAGUAGAUUAA